AUGGUUGCUCCGGCUAUCCUCAUGGGCGUUCGCGCCGUCCAGGUGCUGUUCAGCAUUAUCGUGCUUGGCUUGAGCGCGUACCUUGUUGAUGCAUACAUCACCUGGGUACCAGGAAGCGUUGCGUUUAUGCUCUUCACCUCCAUCUGGACCCUUCUCGUUGUCGCCUAUCUGAUCCUUGCGCCGACCCGCUUCCCUGCAGCUGCGCACAAGUAUGCUGUCGCAGGAGUCGAGUUCAUCACCAUGAUCUUCUGGUUCGCCGCUUUCGUCGCUGUGGCUACGCGCUGGGGCGGCGAGUGGUGGGUUGGCCAUGGCACCUUCUGGAGCUGUGGUGUUGCUGCUAUUAUUUUCGGAGCAUUCCUCUGGUUGACAUUUGUCGCUACCACUAUUCUUGCGGCGCUACAUGUCCGUGGCUCAGCACGCAGCGAUCCCGCCCCACCUAUGACAAAUGUCUAA